GACCUCCAUCUCUGGGAAUAUCACGCACACGCUAGCAAGACACACCCAGCGGCCGCAGGACUUUCUCCCUCACCCUGGCCACCCAGGUCCCUAGGAUCUCCUUGGCUUCUCUCCACACGUACUUGUUUCUUUCCCUGGCCCUAGCAGGAGCUGAUGGUGCUUGGGACCCGCCUGGGAUUUCCUCCCCCUGCCUUUCUGGGGGCUGGUGAGAUUCAGGCAACUCCCUUUCCCUGCUCCCCGCAGCCCCACGCUGGGAGCCUGAAGCCUUUCUUGAGCACAGACAGGAGUCUAGUGAGACCCUGGGCCAAUGUGGGUAUCGUUGGAUGGGAGGGUCCUGUUACCUUUUCUAGGUUGCAGAUUAGCAUUUUAAAACCACCUUGGCCCCAGUGAAACGCUUGCCAACCUGUCCCAAGUGUCUGGACAUUAACAGCUUCAUGUGCAUGUAGCCAGCACUCGGUGCACGUGACUGUUACAUGGACAAGCUGGGCAGGUAGUGUUUUCAACAGGGAAGGUAUCUUCCCCAAGGGAUUUAGUACCUGCUCUGAAAUUCCCACUGGAGCUUGUGUUACAGCAGGAGGAAAGAAAGGCACUACUGCAAACUCUCUACCACUUUGAGGGUGGCAACAGACCACAACACUGACAACACAACGGCUGUGCUACGAGAAUGGCUGAUAAAUGUGCAGACUUUGUAUCACUCUGUGGAGUGGAGGCCGAUGGAGGAGCCCAGGUGAGAUCCUGCCUCAGAGACUGUUACCAGCACCUGCCUAAACUUGGGAAGAGAGACAGCUGCACAGGUUUAUUGAUUUCCUCAGUAAAAGGGUCCUAUCCGGAUGAGGAAGGCCCGAAGCACUGGUCAAAUUCUCGCUAUGAGCAUGUGAUGAAGCUCAGACAAGCAGCCUUGAAAUCUGCUAGGGACAUGUGGGCUGACUACAUCUUGUUUGUGGAUGCAGAUAAUCUCCUGACAAACCCAGACACCCUGGGCCUGCUGAUGGCAGAGAACAAGACCGUAGUGGCGCCCAUGUUGGACUCUCGUGCUGCCUAUUCUAACUUCUGGUGUGGAAUGACUUCGCAGGGUUAUUACAAACGCACUCCUGCCUACAUUCCCAUUCGAAAACGAGAUCGCCGUGGCUGCUUUGCUGUCCCCAUGGUACACUCCACUUUCCUGAUUGACCUGCGGAAAGAGGCCUCCCGGGACCUUGCCUUCUACCCACCACACCCAGAUUACACCUGGUCUUUUGAUGACAUCAUUGUCUUUGCAUUUGCCUGCAAGCAGGCAGAGGUCCAGAUGUUUGUAUGCAACAAAGAGGUUUAUGGCUUCCUGCCGGUGCCACUGAGAGCCCACAGCACCAUGCGGGAUGAGGUGGAAAGCUUCAUGCACGUGCAGCUGGAGAUAAUGGUGAAGAACCCUCCAGUGGAACCUUCAGAAUACCUGUCCGUCCUGCCCAAGGUCCCUGACAAGAUGGGCUUUGAUGAGGUUUUCAUGAUUAACUUAAAGCACAGGGCAGAUCGACGAGAGCGAAUGCUGCGGACGCUGUAUGAGCAGCAGAUCGACUGCAAAAUCAUUGAGGCUGUGGAUGGAAAAGCCAUGAACAGUAGUGAGGUGGAAGCUAUGGGGAUUCAGAUGCUGCCAGGAUAUAAGGAUCCAUACCACGGCCGUCCACUCACCAAAGGGGAGCUGGGUUGCUUCCUCAGUCACUAUAAGAUCUGGAAGGAGAUUGUGGAGAGAGGGCUGGAGAAAUCAGUCGUGUUCGAGGAUGACCUGCGGUUUGAAAUAUUCUUUAAACGACGUCUGAUGAAUCUGAUGUAUGACCUGGAAGAAGAGGGUCUGGAUUGGGACUUGAUUUACAUUGGGAGGAAGCGAAUGCAGGUGGAUCACCCAGAGAAGUCUGUGCCUCACGUGCGGAACCUGGUGGAGGCAGAUUAUUCCUACUGGACUCUAGCCUAUGUGAUUUCACUGCAGGGUGCCCAGAAGCUGCUGGCAGCUGAGCCGCUCUCCAAGAUGUUACCUGUGGAUGAAUUUCUUCCUGUCAUGUUUGACAAACACCCUGUCUCUGAAUACAUGGAACAUUUUGAAAACCGGAAUUUGCUGGCCUUUUCCGUGGAACCACUGCUGGUUUACCCAACACAUUACACCGGUGAUGAUGGUUACAUCAGCGACACUGAGACCUCUGUGGUUUGGAAUAAUGAGAGAGUAAAAACUGACUGGGACCGUGCCAAAUCUCAGAAAAUGAAAGAACAGCAGGAGCUCAGCAAGGAGGCCAAGAACUCAGAUGUGCUCCAAUCACCUCUUGACAGUACAGCCCGGGAUGAGCUAUGACCAGAGCAGGCCCCUUCUAGGAAAUGGAUGAAGGGACUGACCGUGAUAAGGAAGGGUGUGUGUUGGAGCCGGGAUAGAAAGCAGGGAAACAGUUAUAGCAGCAUCCAUCCAUGGGGAUUAUUGGAGCUUCGGUGUGUCCAAGAAUAUAAUGAUAAAGUCACUUAGAUGACAAAGCCAAUGAGGGUCAUGGCUGAAGCCCUUCUGACCUCUGCUAUUGCAGGACUCUCAGAGAGAAUGCUGGAGAAAGUCAGGUUUGCUUUGUCCAUCAAUUCAGCCACUGCGCUGUGGUUCAGCACAGAUCUUUACGCAGUUGCUCGUUGUAGUGGAGAAGUUUUAUUCUUUGGUUUAGGAUAUUGGUGCUUGAUAGGACAUUGGUCUUCCUGCCUCUGUUGCCAUAUGUAUAUCUCAUGACCAGGGAUCCUAGUUUUCUCUGAUUUUUUUAAAAAACAAAACAAAAUUCUCCAAUUAAAGAACCAUAAUUGUGGGGGGGGGAAAACAUGGAUUUUUAAAAUGAAACACUGAACGUUAGUUUCCUCAGCCACAAUAUAUAUAGAUAUCAGUUGAACACAAUGGUUGAUUGAUAUAUUUACAGUUGUAAAAUGCUGGAAUGAUCCAGUCACAGUGCACCAUUUCUUUACUGAUGUCGAGGGCCCUGCUCUUUCAGCCUCUUUCAUUUCUUUUCAGUCAGUUUAGCUCUUUCCAUGUGUUCUGCGAUUGUCUGCCUUCAAAUGUCAUCUACAGCCUUGCUGCAUACAGUACAGAACAGCAGUUUACCAUCAACAUUAAAUUUGUCCUUACCAAACUCAGUGACACAGUCUUUGAGGUGACUUUUAAAGUUUUCAGCAUCUUUUUAUAACUUUAAUUACUCAUGUGUGGAGGCUGAAGUGAAAUUUGAGAUGCAUUAAAACGCGAGCCGCUAUAUGGCAUUGAGUAACUGCUGUAUGCCGCAAGCAGUUUAUUGGCAUAUGUUUAGCUAUGGCCUGGUCUACACUACGCUGUUAAACCGAUUUUAACAGCGUUAAAUCGAUUUAACGCUGCACCCGUCCACACUACACUGCUCUUUAUAUCGAUUUCUGUACUCCUACAAAACGAGAGGAGUAACGCUAAAAUCGAUAUUACUAUAUCGGAUUAGGGUUAAUGUGGACGCAAAUCGACGUUAUUGGCCUCAUUAUUUUACAGUAGCUACCCACAGUGCACCGCUCCAGAAAUCGACGCUAGCCUCGGACCAUGGACGCACACCACCGAAUUAAUGUGCCUAGUGUGGAUGCGCACCUUCGACUUUAUAAUAUCUGUUUUAUAAAAUUGGUUUAAGCUAAUUCGAAUUUAUCCUGUAGUGUAGACGUAGCCUAUAUUAAUUUAAAGCACAUUCAAAAAUCAACCACAGGAGGGGGAGGUUGUGCACAUUGAAAAAGUGACACUGGUACUUGCAGUAAAAUUGCGGGUUUUGGUUUUUUCUCAGUGUAAAAACUAAAGAUUCUCUGUAAAAACACCAUUAUACAUUUUUUCCCUGGCACAUGGAUUUCUGGGAUCCGUAUUCAUGACCCUUGAAUGUUCUCUUGGGGGGUGUCUGGGGAGGAGGAGUGAAAUGCUGCCAGAUCCUGCAGGUUCCUGCUAAUGAUGUGCCCUAAUGUAAGCUGAAGUCUUCUCUUUCUGUAAGACCAAAACACUCUUGGUUUUUAUAAAAUCCUUUGGCUAUGA